GUCAAAACACAAUAGAGUAGAAGGUUUCUUCGACAAAAUCAAUUUCAUUAUUUUCUAUUCCAGAUAAAAAGCAAUGAACUUGUUCUUAUAAAAAUUUGUUUUUGGUAUAAAGUUAGAGAAUCACUAUGGGUGCUUUAACUAGUAGACAGAAUGCGGGAGUUGAGGAGGCUGAUGUGGUCUCGAAUCAUGCAUAUAAGUACCCACCAAGAUCAGGAAACUACUUUGGGAGCCACUUCAUAAUGGGAGGCGAAAGAUUUGAUACUCCUCAGCCCGAAGCAUAUUUGUUUGGAGAAAAUGCUGACCUUAACUUUCUUGGCAGUAGGCCUACACCUUUCCCAUACCCCCCACCACAAUCAAAUGAGCCAACAAAAACUCUAAAGAGUCUUGUAAACAUCAGAAAAGAGUCAUUGAGGUUUGUUCGCUGUCCUGAUCCCGUGGCUAAACUAGCUGAGAAUAAUAUUGGUGAUGGUGUAUUGAAAUCUGUGGACAGUAAUGGAAAAGGUACCUACUACAACAUAGAGUUUACGUUUGACUGCGAUGCUCGCUGCGCUAUCACAAUAUUCUACUUCUGCACUGAGGAGGUCACACCGGCUGGAGUUGUCUACUACCCACGCGACCCGGCCAUGACGUCGCAAACGUACCACUACAAAAAGGGCGCCAACCAGCAGUUCUGCCAGAUCAGCCACGUGUUCGACCCGUCCCGCCACCCCGAAGAGGACCUGGUGUACAAUGCUGACAGGGAGAUCAUCCCCAUCGCCGUCUACUGUGUAGUCGACGAGGGACAGGACGAGAUAAGACAGUCCCACACAACCAUAGCCAUCGUUGAGAAGCACUCAGACGGAACGUACGUGUUGAAGGCGCUUAAACAGAAAUUGUUUGUGGACGGCCUGUGCUACCUCCUACAAGAAAUAUACGGCAUUGAGAACAAGAACUUGGAUACCAAGGCGACCUCCGACGAAGAAACCGAGGACGGUGGCUCGGAAUGCGUGAUCUGCAUGUGCGACGUGCGCGACACUCUCAUCCUGCCGUGCCGCCAUCUUUGUUUGUGCAACUCCUGCGCAGACUCUCUGCGGUACCAGGCCAACAACUGUCCGAUAUGUAGGGCUCCGUUCCGCGCCUUGCUGCAAAUCAGAGCCCUGCAGAGAGUUAGUACUGCGCCCGCGCUGAUGCCCGCCGCUAGUCCGCCCGAUGGCAGCAUGGAGAACAUCCCGGCGGGCUACGAGCCGGUGUCGCUGCUGGAGGCGCUCAACGGGCCCGGCUCGCCCGCGCCGCGCCCCGCCAUGGCCAGCCCCGACACCGACACCGCUGAACAGGCGGCGGAGAUCCUGAACCGCAGCAACCUGGAGUCCACCAGCCUCGGCAGCGGCAAGCUCCGGCACGCUGCGCCCACGCCGGAGUUCCGCAUGUCCGUGUUGCUGGCGCGUGAAGAAGAAGCGAAGCGGUGCGAAGAGAAGGCCGCCGCAAGCAGUCCGCUCUUGAAUAACCAUCACAACGACGUCAAAUCUAAGUCUUCUCUUAGCCUGGAAUACCCUGGCGAGACUCGCUCGCUCCGCUCAGCCUCGGGCUCGCUGGAGUCUGUCUCCGCGCGCUCGGAGCCGCGCCGCGACGACGCCGAGCCCGACAGCGACACCGAGAGGCUGUCGCCGCUGCUCACGCACACUCCGACAAAAUGCGAGGUCGUGUCCACCCCGCCGUCCGAGAAGACCGGCAACGGAGCGCUGCGGCUGUCCGCGCCUUCGCUCGCGCACAUCGACGACACAGACACCGAAGAACCACACGUCACCGCUAACUCCGUGGCGGAGUCCCCGCCGGCCGCGUCGGACUCCGAGUACUUCACGCCGGAGGAGCCCGCCACCACGCUGCUGUCGCCGAAGCCCGCCGAGCCCGCUAACAGUGUAGUGGAGUGCGCGCCACAGCGGUGGGCUUUGCCGCAUCACGUGACGUCGUUACCCGGUACCCCCCUAUCUCAGUCCAGCGUGCGUUCGUCCGGCGACUCGUACAGUUCCACAUCGUCCACCCGCCAGCUGCUCACCGCCCCCGCGUUGGCCACCGAGCCCGCACGCUAAACAAUACAUACAGGACCUUUAAUUACCACUACUAUUACAUUGGCCUUCAUUUUUCAACUGCUGGAUAAAGGUCACCUCGAUUGGAAUUCUCUAGAGCCAUGAGCUGCUCCAUUAGACUUCUACUGACAUCAACAUCCUUUAUUAAAAAAAAUUCAAGGCUUGCUUAGUCGGCGGUACGCUAGUUGCUUAUUGUGAACGCCGUUGUCAAAACGGAAACGGAAAAAAUUCCAGAACCAUCGAUGGAUAUCAAUUGACCAAAAGUAAAUGGUAGUUUUCUGUAUUCUGACAACCCUAACCCAUGAAGACUUUAGGCGCUAAUGAAUUUAAGAUUCUAAAUUUAAAAUGCUUAAAAGUACUUUCAAAAUCUUGUGUUAACCUUAAAACCGUGAGUUCGUUAUACACCAGUUACGAAUGAAGAUAGUAUGGAAACCUGGAACACUUAAAAUCAGAAUAUGUGAACAAAUUGUGUCAUUGCAUUUCUGUGCCUUCUUAAUUCAUAACCGGAAUUAAGUUUAGGUCUGUUGAGGUUUAAUCUUAGUUUUUAUUUUUCAUACUUGAGUGUUGGUCAAACUUUGGGUUGGGCUACAUUUUGUUAUAAAGUAAAAAUUAUCUUUUCACGACUUGAGAGAAAAUCCACGUUUCUGAGCAGUACA